AUGACAGUCGUCCCAUCUGUGAUUGUUCUACUGUUUUUUGCUUUCAUUACCUAUCCAACUAUCUGUGAAAGUUUGAAAUGUUAUGAAUGUGCGGGAAAGAAAUCUUGUGGUGGACAAGGACAUACUAAUCAUAUUGUUGAAUGUGCUGGAAAAUGUAUGAUCUAUCAAAAUGUUGAUGAUGAUGAUGGUGUAAUAGUGAGAAGUUGCUGCUUGAAUAAUUGUAACAGUGAAAAUAGACCUAAUACCUAUUUCUGUUCAAAAGAUAGAUGCAACAGUAUUGAUUUAGAUUCAAAAUUUUUAGCUACUAAAAAUAAUGCACAUCAGAAGCAGGUUCAUUUACGAGCAAAAAUAGAAGAGAAAAACUCAUCACUGCAAUGUUUUGAUUGUUCUUCACAUAAGUCGGAUUGUGCUGUUGAUGAGACGACAUUAGUUGAAAAAUGUCAAGCAUGUAUGGUUUACCUUAAUCAAAUUGAUACGAAUAAUGUCGUUCGCCGAUGUUGUAAAUCAAAUUGCGGUGCGCCAGGCACUAUUCGAAACCAUCAUGGACGAAGAACGUACUUUUGUACGUCCGAUCAAUGUAAUGGAAUUGGUUCCGAAAAAGUACUUACUGGUAAAGUAGAAUUGGAAAAUACAAAUGUCGUUCGAUUAUUAUUGUCGAAAAUGGAAACAACUACUGCUACAAUAUCCACCACUACACCUGCAAAAACAGUCUUUCAGUGUUAUGAAUGUUCAGGACCAUCUUGUGGUAAAGGUGAUUCAUCUGUCUCAACUAAUUGCCCAAGCUGUAUGGUGUACAGAAAUCCCAAUGAUCAAACUAUCAUUGAACGACGUUGUUGUUGGUGGGCUUGUGGAGCGUCAAAUACUGUUAGUACUUACAAUGGCUUAGAAACGUACUUUUGUGCUGAUGAUAAAUGUAAUGGAUACGGAACAGAAUCUACUCUCACUCCUGCAGUGACAACUACAACAGUCUCCACUACAUCUGUGAAAACAAUAUUUCAAUGCUAUGAAUGUUCAGGACCAUCAUGUGGUAAAGCUGAUUCGCCUGUCUCAACUAAUUGUCCGAGUUGUAUGGUGUACAGAAAUCCUAAUGAUCCAUCAAUCAUUGAACGACGCUGUUGUUGGUGGGCUUGUGGAGCUUCAAAUACUGUUAGUACGUAUAAUGGUAUUGAAACAUAUUUUUGUGCUGAUGAUAAAUGUAAUGGAUACGGAGCAGAAUCUACUCUCACUCCUCCAGUGACAACUACAACAGAAAGAACAACAACUACUACAACAAUUUCUACUACGCCUGCAAAAACAAUAUUUCAAUGUUAUGAUUGUUCAGGGCCAUCAUGUGGUAAAGAUGAUUCAUCUAUUUCAACCAAUUGUCCAAGCUGUAUGGUAUACCGCAAUCCAAAUGAUAAGACAAUUAUUGAACGACGUUGCUGUUGGUGGGCUUGUGGUCCUUCAAACAGUGUUAGUACUUAUAAUGGUUUAGAAACAUAUUUUUGUACUGCCGAUAAAUGCAAUGGAUACGGUGCAGAAUUUGCUCUCAGUCCUGCAGGAACGACAACGACAACAACAACAACAACUAUGCAAACAUCCGUAUCGAUAACAACUCCAGCAACAACAUCAACAACAAUAACGACAGCAACAACAUCAACAACAAUAACGACAACAAUAACGACAACAAUAACGACAACAACAAUAGGAAUAACAACGACUACUACAGCUGAAAAAACAUCAUUUCAAUGUUAUGAUUGUUCAGGACAAGAGUGUGGUAGAGAUGGUUCAUCUGUUUCAUCUAAUUGUCCCCGAUGUAUGGUAUACCGCAAUCCUAAUGAUCAAACGAUAAUUGAACGACGUUGUUGUUGGUGGGCUUGUGGAACCUCAAAUACUGUUAGCAGCUAUAAUGGCAUAGAAACAUAUUUUUGUGCUGCUGAUAAAUGCAAUGGAUAUGGUUCAGAAUUUGCCCUUGGUCCUCCAGUAACAACAACAACAACAACAACAACUAAAACAACUCCUUCGACAUCCACUACUUCAAUUAGUAUCACCUCUGGAAUUAGAACAACAACAAUAACAGCAACAUCUUCGCCACAUUGUAUACUGAAUUGUCGAAAUGGAGGUACACCAGAAACAGAAGAUGGUUGUUUUUGCUACUGUUUAGAAAAUACGUUUGGUCGUGAAUGUGAAAAUGUUGAUUGUGCUAAGCCGGAUGCUGAUUCUGAAGUUUGUAGUACUGAAAAUCAACCCUUGUGUCAAGAAAGUGAAGAAUUUGCUCUUGAAUGUCAUCAUUUAUGUGGAAAAUGUUAA